AUGGCGCUGCUCGCGAUACCUUCGUGGCGUUGGGCCGCCGCGGCGGCCGCUUUCGAAAAGCAGCGGCACUGUGCGGCUCUGGGGAGGCCGCUGGCGUCCGUGUGUGGCCCGGGCUCGCAGUGGAUGUCGCGUCAGCUCCGGCUGUCCGGACACGCUCGAGUAUCGCAGCUCCCCGAGACAUUAAGAUAUGCCACAUGGCAGAGAAUAGGGAAUGGCAAUUCAAGACAGCUAUUAGAUGCUGCAAGGGUUCUUCAGGCAUGGCCACUGAUAGAAAAGAGGACUUGUUGGCAUGGUCAUGCAGGAGGUGGACUCCACACAGAUCCAAAAGAAGGGUUAAAAGAUGUCGAUACUCGGAAAAUCAUAAAAGCAAUGCUUUCUUACGUAUGGCCCAAAGACAGGCCGGAUCUGCGUGCCAGAGUUGCCAUUUCCCUGGGAUUUUUGGGUAGUGCAAAGGCCUUGAAUAUUGUGGUUCCUUUCAUGUUUAAAUAUGCUGUAGACAGCCUCAACCAGAUGUCGGGAAAUAUGCUGGAUCUGAGUGAUGCACCAAAUACAGUUGCAACCAUGGCAACAGCAGUUCUGAUUGGCUAUGGUGUGUCAAGAGCUGGAGCUUCCUUUUUUAAUGAAGUUCGAAAUGCAGUAUUUGGCAAGGUAGCCCAAAAUUCAAUUCGAAGAAUAGCCAAAAAUGUGUUUCUCCAUCUUCACAAUCUGGAUCUGGCUUUCCACCUGAGCAGACAGACUGGAGCUUUAUCGAAGGCUAUUGACAGAGGGACAAGGGGUAUCAGUUUUGUCCUUAGUGCUUUAGUAUUUAAUCUUCUUCCCAUCAUGUUUGAGGUGACUCUUGUCAGUGGUGUUUUGUACUACAAAUGUGGUGCCCAGUUUGCGUUGGUUACUCUUGGGACACUUGGGGCAUAUACAGCAUUUACAGUUGCAGUUACACGGUGGAGAACAAGGUUUAGAAUAGAAAUGAACAAAGCAGAUAAUGAUGCAGGUAAUGCUGCCAUAGAUUCACUGCUGAAUUAUGAAACUGUGAAGUAUUUUAAUAAUGAAAACUAUGAAGCACAAAGAUACGAUGGAUUUUUGAAGACAUAUGAGGCUGCUUCACUGAAAAGUACCUCUACUCUGGCCAUGCUGAACUUUGGUCAAAGUGCCAUUUUCAGUGUCGGUUUAACUGCUAUAAUGGUACUUGCCAGUCAGGGAAUUGUGGCAGGUACCCUUACUGUUGGAGAUCUAGUAAUGGUGAAUGGACUGCUUUUUCAGCUUUCAUUACCCCUUAAUUUUCUGGGAACUGUAUAUAGAGAAACAAGACAAGCACUCAUAGAUAUGAACACUUUGUUUACUCUACUCAAGGUGGACACUCGAAUUAAAGAUAAAAUGAUGGCAUGUCCCCUUCAGAUCACACCACAGACAGCUACGGUUGCAUUUGAUAAUGUGCAUUUUGAAUACAUUGAGGGACAGAAAGUCCUUAAUGGAAUAUCUUUUGAAGUCCCUGCAGGAAAGAAAGUGGCCAUUGUAGGAGGUAGUGGAUCAGGAAAAAGCACAAUAGUGAGGCUGUUAUUUCGCUUCUAUGAGCCUCAUAAAGGAAACAUUUACCUUGCUGGUCAAAAUAUACAAGAUGUGAGCCUUGAAAGCCUUCGGAGAGCAGUGGGAGUGGUACCUCAGGAUGCUGUCCUUUUCCAUAAUACCAUUUAUUACAACCUCUUGUAUGGAAAUAUCUCUGCUUCAGCUGAGGAAGUGUAUGCAGUGGCAAAAUUAGCUGGACUCCAUGAUGCAAUUCUUCGAAUGCCGCAUGGGUAUGACACCCAAGUAGGGGAGCGAGGACUCAAGCUUUCAGGAGGGGAGAAGCAAAGAGUAGCAAUUGCAAGAGCCAUUUUGAAGGAUCCCCCAGUUAUUCUCUAUGAUGAGGCAACUUCGUCAUUAGAUUCAAUUACUGAAGAGACUAUUCUUAGUGCCAUGAAGGAUGCAGUCAAACACAGAACUUCUAUUUUCAUUGCACACAGAUUGUCAACAGUCAUUGAUGCAGAUGAAAUCAUUGUCUUAAACCAGGGGAAGGUAGCUGAACGUGGUACCCAUCUUGGUUUGCUUGCUAACCCUAGUGGAAUCUAUUCAGAAAUGUGGCAUACACAGAGCAGCCGUAUGCAGCACCAUGAUAACCCCAAGUGGAAUGCAAAGGAAAACCAGAUGUCCAAAGAGGAAGAAAGAAAAAAGCUACAAGAAGAAAUUAUCAACAGUGUGAAAGGCUGUGGAAACUGUUCCUGCUAAGUCACAUGAGGCAUUUUAUUGUUUUGAUGAUACAUUGCACUGAAGGAGAAUUGUUUUAUUAAAAAGAAGUUAUACAUUAUUAUUUUCCAUAUUUCUUCUUUCUUUUAAGAUUUAUUUGAAUGGGGUCUUUAAUUUUAUGUCUCUCAUAGUAUAGGGUGGUAUUUAUAUUUAUUCCCAAAUUGUUGUCCUGUACUGUCUUCAUUGGAUUCAGCAUAAUCUUGUUACUAUUUUACUUUACCCCAUCAUCUUAUUUGAAGCCUGAUAGCUAUUGUGUAGUCAAGUGAAUCUGUUUGGUUUUCAACUUGUAGUGGUUUUAAAAAUCUUAUGAUGCUGAUAAUUUAGAUGGAACAUACAUUUAAAAUUGCUUUUUUUCAAAAAGAAAAAAGGGACCAGAGAGAUGGUACAGGGAUUAAGGCCCUUGCCUUGCAUGCAGCUGACCCUAGUUCAAUCCCCAGCACCAAUAUGUGGUCCUCUGAGUAUCUCCAGGAGUGAUCCCUGAGCCCAGAGCUAAGAGUGCUAAGAGUAAUAAGCCCUGAGCACAGAACCAGGAAUAAUCCCUGAACACCUCCAGGUAUGGCCCAAAAACUAAAAAAAAAAAAUCCAAUUUAGAGAGAGAACAGUAUAGGCUUAUUUUUUUCCCUAUUGAAUACUAAAGUAUUCUGAUAUGCAAAUGAAUUUGCAAAUGCAUUAAAAUUAGAAGUAUGCAUUUGUAAUUCAGAUGUUGUACUUGAUAAAUACAUAUGUUUUCCUUUUUAAAAUGUAUUUUUGAAUUUAUCUUUUGGAGAAGAAACCAUCAUUAUUAAUUUUUAGUAUGAGAAUUUUUAUCAGUUGUUGUUACAGCUCCCUAAUGAUGGGAAUUUUCAUUUUUUUACCAAAAUGUGUGGGUGAUUUUGUUUUGGACCACAACUUACAUGUUUUUGUUUUAAAGAUUUAUAAAACCUGCCUAAGAGUUCCCAUACUGGGAAUGAUCUAAAAGUUCAGCAAUUUAAUGGCUUUAUUUUUAUCUCAAAUGCACUUCUUUUGAAAUUUGAAGCCAUAAAAAGUAACUACUAAAUGAAGUGUGUUUACACACAUAUUUGUAGACAAAUGGCUACCUAAAAAUAAAGGCUUUUGGACUGGAGCAGUAGUACAAUGGUUAGGGCACUUGCCUUUCACGUGGCUGCUGUUUCAUCCCCUGCGUGCCAUAUGGUCCUCUGAGCACAGAGCAAGGAAUAAGCCCUGAGUAUUGUUGAGUAUGAUCCAAAACCCAAUAAAAGUAAAAAUCAUAAGACUUUUCAGUAAAUAGGAGAGGAAUAUGUACAUAUACUCUUUGGUAAAACUAAUCUGUUAACACUAUUGAAUCAUCUUAUUACAAAGCCUUCUCUUUUUGAAUAUUUUAAUGACUGCCUUUAAGCUUGAUACCACAAAGAGCCAAAGAAUAUAACCCAAGUUUUACCUCAUAGAAGUAAUUAAUAAGAUGUUGGAUUUACUUAGAAAGCUCUUCUCUUUUCCAAUUUGAAUUUGCUUUCAUUUAUUUGAUAGUAAUCAUUUAAAUAGAAAGAUUCAUGAAUACCCAAAUAACUAUAUAUAAUGAAGUACUAUGUCUCUAAAAAAUUCAGAGUAAUUAUGUCACUGGUUUCUGUUGUUAAUAUGCUUUAAUAAUUUUGUAUGAAUGAACCCAACACCUUUUUUGUUUUAUCAUUGGUUUCCAGCUUAUCUGAACUUAACUUGGGUACCCAAUUUUGUUAUAUGAAAGCAAUUUGAUAAGUAGCUUGCAGCCAGUAUUUAAUAAUCUUCCACACAAGAAUAAGUGAUGUAUGGCCUUGUUUUGGAAGCUGGAGUUAAUGUUGAAAUUCAUAAUCUACUGCAGAAUUGUGUUUUUGGACAUUGCUUACUCUGAAGUCAUAGACAGUGCUAUUUUGAGCAGGCGGAGGGGGGUGUGAUGGAAAGCACGUCCUUGGAAUAAAUUAGCAGCAUUACUAGAAAUAUGGUUAGCCUAGGCUUAAAAAUUGCUUCUAUUAUUUCCUUUCAUGUAUAUUCAUCGAUGCUGAUAGAAAGAUUUCAUUUAUUUGUAUAAUCAUAUAUUAAGAUUAAAGUAACCACUAGCUGUAUUCAUUUCAAGUGUGAAUAGUGGUUCAAAAUAAAUGAUUCCAUUACACGGAGAACAUUUUGUCAGAGAAAGAUAGGUAUGUUUUUUGGGUAUGAAGAAUUUCCCCACUAACAGACUUGAAUCUAUUUUGUUUUCAUCUGAUUAGAAGUAGUCUCUAUUUCAUUCCUAUCAGUGUUUCCAGCUAAUACAACUUAAAUUAUAUUAAAAAAAUCAUGGUAGGGACCAGAGCUAAAUCUUAAAGUGGUAUCUCUUUUUUUGAGGGGAGGGUGGACAAGGGGGAUGUUUGGGUCACACCUGGCUGUACUCAAGUGUUAUUACUAGCACUGCUCAGGGGACCAUAUGCUGUACCAGGGAUUGAACCAAGGUCACAGGGAUGCAAGUUAAGCAACUCAAUUGCUCUACUACCUCUCCUUCUCAAAAAUGCUUUUUCCUUAUAACAUCAGACUUGUAACAUUAUAUAUGUCAUUAUAUAUUAAAACAUAAUUAUAUAUUUACCUAUAUUUAAUAUAUAUGAACUACUCUUUAGAAAUAUAGGCUCUGAGAAUGGACUGAGAUGACAGUUUUCUUAUAUUCCUUUAUUUUAAAGCCAAAAAUAGAUAUAAAUAUUGAAUGAUCUUACUUGUAUUUACACUAUUAAAAGCAAAACAAGGAAAUAGACAAUACCAAAUGAAAACAAACUGUCUCCUCAGAUCGUAGUUACCAUAAUAAGAGAAGGUUCAAUAAACUGUGGUAGAGAGAUACUAGUACGUUAGUGGCAUUAUGGUAUGAUAGCAUGCUACCAUUGUACCUCUUAAAGCAUAAUACAGUUGUGUAAACUAAUAUUACCUCAGUUUUUAAGCUUUUUAUUGGUUUGCGGCCAUACCUGGUAGUGCUCAGGGCUUUCUUCUAUCUCUGUAAUCUCUGUAAACAGGGUGUGGGGAUCAAACUAGGCUGGGUAAUUGCAAGGCACGUGUCCUGCCUGCUUGCACUAUCACUCCAGCCCCAACCAUUCUUUUAAAAAAAAAGAUUAAAGCACAGUGGGAAAAGGGACAUUUUUACUUCUUUUGUCCACAAAAAAUUAAAUUGAAACCAAUGUUAAGAGACCUUCCUGGUGGUUUUUAAAAUGGAAAUGUCUUGGUAUACAGAUGGAGUAAUUUGAAAAAUUUGAACAGCUCUUAUAUGAGGGCCACUUAUACAAAUCAGAAAGAGGCCUCAGCACUUGGAGAAAUUCAGAAUACGAAUUUAUUUUUCCCCUAGAAUGAUUGAACCCUUUGAUAUAACACAAAAAAGCCUUUCCCCUUUCCUUUAGAUGCUGACAAUGCACAGUUUGUGGAAAUAGCUGGUUUAAACAUAGGUUGAUUUUUGGAAGGCAAUAUAUAUAAAUAUAAGAUUCCUAACAUCUUGUUAAUCUUAGCAUACUGCCAACUUGCUCUUAUUCUUCAUAUGAAUAUGUCAGUGAUUAGCAACUUUGCUAAUAUAUAUUUUCUUACCUUGUGCCUUUUGUUUAUCAUUGGAUACUCUGUUGAAGAUCAGUAUUUGAAAACAUUUAAAUAUUUGCAUUGGCUGCAUUCUUAAAUUAUACGAAGGCCCUUAGCUCUUAUUUCAGUGUAUACAGAUUUUUAAUAUAAAAUAAAUUGAAUAAGCUAGUUAAAACUGAUAAGACAAAACUCUGUUAAAGGAUUUCCUUUACCAUGGUUUUAUCGUUAGAACAAUUUGCAAAUCAACAUUACUAUAUAAACAAUGUCUUUGCAACAUAAAAGCAACUCUUAUGCAAUGCAUAGAGAAAACUGCUCUUUUCAUAUCACACACGUGUAUAAAGUACAAAUAAGUAAUAGACAUUCUCAUACAGUAUAGGCUUUACAGACUUAAACAGUUGAAAAUUUGGUAUUGUCAUAUUUUGAUAACCAAUCAAUAAAAGACAGUUGUCCCCAAUUUCUAGGUUCUAAUGAUUAAGAAGCAAAACUUUGGAGUCUUAAAUGUCUUAGCUGCAAGCAUAAUGUUAAAAUCACACUUGAUUAUUUUGGUAAAUUAGAAAUGAAUUGCAUGUUCUAAUUAAAAAACAAAGGUUGGAUCAUUUUAUAUUAAAAAUAAAGACAAUGGGUUGUUUUCCACA